CCAAAAAAACCUAAUUAACCCAAAAUUAAUGUCGUUUAAGAUCACUCACGCCGUACGAGGAAAAGAGAUCAUCCGACCCAUCUUUUGUUCUGUUAAUCUGACCGAAUAUUAAAUUUUUCAACACACAAACAAAAACAAACGCAGAAGUGAACCCAACCCAGGAUGCGAUCUACUUGUUUCUUCUUCAAUCUCCUCAAGAAUUAUUGAUAUCUGCAGCUUUAAAUACAAAUAUCUAGAUAAGCAAAUCAUCUGGCUGUAGAGGAGAAUGGCAGAAACAAUAUCUAGCUUCUGGGGUCCAGUUACAUCAACGAUUGAGUGUUGUGAAAAAAAUUAUGCAUACUCUUCUUAUAUUGCAGAAUUUUACAACACAAUAUCCAACAUUCCGACCAUUCUCUUGGCUUUCAUUGGUCUUAUAAAUGCUUUUAGACAACGGUUUGAGAAAAGAUUUAGUGUUCUUCAUGUAUCAAAUAUGACGCUUGCCUUUGGAAGCAUGUUAUACCAUGCUACCUUACAACAUGUGCAACAGCAGAGCGAUGAAACACCUAUGGUGUGGGAGAUUCUGCUGUACAUGUACAUUCUCUACUCUCCAGAUUGGCACUACCGUAGUACAAUGCCCAUCUUCCUAUUUUUCUAUGGUGCUGCUUUUGCCGUUGUCCAUUCAUUUGUCCGUUUCGACAUUGGCUUCAAAGUCCAUUAUGUCAUUCUCUGUCUCCUCUGCAUUCCAAGAAUGUACAAGUAUUACAUCUAUACCGCAGAUGUGUGCGCCAAGUGGAUAGCAAAGCUAUACGUAGCCACUCUUCUAUUAGGAAGUUUGUUUUGGUUAUGUGAUCGAGUUUUCUGCAAGGAGAUAUCCCAAUGGCCGGUUAAUCCACAGGGUCAUGCUUUAUGGCAUGUUUUCAUGGGACUCAAUUCCUACUUUGCAAACACAUUCCUGAUGUUUUGCCGUGCUCAACAACGUGGCUGGUCUCCGAAAUUCGUUCGUUUAUUCGGUGUUUUGCCAUAUGUGAAGAUUGAGAAACCAAAAAGCCAAUAAGGGAAGAUAGUAGAAGAUGAUGAAGGUUUUCUUUAAUGAUACAUUUUGGAAGAGUUAUCAGUGUUUCGUUCUUGGUUCUCAGUUUUGUUUUUCUGAUUUAGAUUGGUGUAAGUGGCGAUGAUUUUUUAUAUACUUUGUUGCAGUUUUAGGACAUGUACCAUAUUUAUGCCAUAUGGAUGCUUUCUUGGCCUUAGACUGUUAACAUUACUUUUGACAACCAAAGGUUUUGCAGUACUGGUUGUUUGAUUCUAAGUUUCAUACCAGUACCUCAUUUUUACUUGUAACAUGUUGUGUAACCCUUUCUAGGUGAGUUUUGAGUAUGUUAUUAUUAACUUAUGGAACUUCAAAAUUGCUUUCACUGGGAAAUUUCAAAAUGAAAGUUUCCAGGCUAGUUGGGAAUUUGAUGUUUUGCAACUGAAAAAGUGCAGUUGUGGUUCAUAUAAA